AUUUCCGGUCCGGUGGAGACCGCCUCCAGGAAGAAAUGCGAGUGCUACUUUUUCCACCACUCUCUUACACACUGGCUGAAUGCAGGCGGAGGCCAGGAUAGUUGGAUGUUUUGACGUAUGUGGAAGAGUUGAUCUGACUCAUCUGUAGUGUAUUAGGGCUGGACUCCACAAGUGUUUUUCAUCAGAUCGGCGCCCGUCGACAAAACGCAGGUGACAAGUCAGAGCAGUUGCAGACGUCAAGAUAUAAUUGCACUGAACGAAAAGUCGCAGGUUUUAAUGACUGUGCAUUGGAAUGGCUGAUAAUCAGGCAGGACGUCUUCAUUUUCCAUUAGACGAAGGCUCAGUCAUUGAAGGAGUAAGCGAUCAAGUGAUUGUUGUUGUUUUACUCAGCUUUGUUGCUGUUGGUUCACUUAUAUAUCUUCUUCUAAGGAAUGAUGAGCAAAAUAUUCACCCAGAAAAUCAAGACAGGGUCAGAGCUGUUCGUGAACAAUUGCAAAAUGAGCAAGAAACUACUCUUCCACCUCGCACUCAGUUCUACUCUGAUAUGACAUGUCCAGUGUGUUUACAACAGGCCACAUUUCCAGUAGAAACAAACUGUGGACAUCUUUUUUGUGGCUCUUGUAUUAUUGCCUACUGGAGGUAUGGUUCGUGGCUUGGAGCAAUAAACUGUCCUAUUUGUCGUCAAAUGGUGACAUUAUUAUUUCCAUUGUUUGGAGCAACGGACCAGGAAGAUGCCCAAAAUAUACUCCAGGAAGCCACUGGUUACAAUCGAAGGUUUUCAGGACAGCCUCGCUCUCUUAUGGACAGAAUUAUGGAUUUGCCCACCUUGCUGCGUCAUGCCUUCCGUGAUAUGUUCUCUGUUGGUGGCCUGUAUUGGAUGUUCCGGAUUAGAAUUGUCCUCUGUCUGCUUGGAGCCCUGUUCUACUUGGUUUCACCCUUGGACAUUAUUCCCGAGGCUCUUUUUGGUAUUCUUGGUUUUCUGGAUGAUUUCUUUGUAUUAUUUUUAUUACUAAUAUACAUCUCGAUUAUGUAUCGAGAAGUGGUCACACAGAGGUUGUAUAGGUAAAAUAUUGGGUGGGGAGGGGGGUUCUAUUUAGUUUUAUACUUGAGAGCCUUUAACAUACUAUGCAGAAAUGUGCUGCUUUAAGAUAUAUAAGCAUAACUGGAAUUCUGAACAACAACUGUUGCAAUCAUGCAAAAUAGCAAUACUGCAUUAUUUGGCUUCAUUUUUCUUAUAUAAAAAGUAUUGCUACCCUAUGAAAACCGUAAGCGUAUGUUUACAUAUGUGUGCACUAUAAAGUUUGACUGUACAUGUUGUUAGCAAAAAAAAAAAAAACUCAUUUUGAACGUUCUUCUUUCUCUCUUAGCACUGAAGGUGUAUUAUAUAUACAGGACUGAAAAGAAUGUUUCAGUGGAUCUUUCAUAAUUUCUUUUUAUACCUACACACUAGCUACUCUUAUAAGUAGUUUAAUAUACACUCCUAUUAUUAUUUUUGUUUGUUUGCUUUGUAUUUUAGAAAAGCACAAGCAAUGUUAUCUAUACCAUCACGAAAACUGCAGCCCUAAAGUGACACUGUUCAGGAAAAUAUAAUCAAAUGUUUGUUAUUGUGUAAAUGUUAAGGAACAUUUUAAUUUAUUUUAAUAAUUCAAAUUUUUUAAGGCUCAUGGCACACAAGUCAUUUUCUCAGUAGACGAGAAAUGCCUGUAAACCCCUUUUCUGUCUGCCAUAAUAUUUAGUGGUUACCGUCAGUGUCAGACUGGGAUGUCAGGGACCCAACAGAAAAUCUUAGAUCAUGUGUCCACUUUCCAAACUAUUAUUUCUCCUCACUUAACCUCUUUAUCACAACUCAUACAAGCAUAUUUAGGCCUGCAAAUGCAAUAUCAGGCUGAAAAACAAUUGUACACCUCUACUUUCAUAGGUACAGAGCCACUGUGCAGAAUGAAAUAAAUGAUACUUUGCUGCCUUGCAGUGGAAUGUAUCUACCCAAGCAGUGAAUGGAAUUUAAAACGCUUGUUGAUAUUUUACCCUUUGUUGCCACUGUCUUAGGCUGGCUUAUCUUUGUUUUUUGCCUAUAACUCCAGUCUUGUGUCUUAAUCCUCUUUUAAAAGGUACAUGCAACUGUAGGCCCUCUGAUGUUGGCAAAGUUUAACUUUCAGCAGACCCUAACAGCCUUUGACAGUCAGCUGAAGGCCAACAACAUAUUGAGUUGCCCAUAACUGCCUUUUAUGAACCAGUGUCCACCAAAGAGUGGACCCCAAAAAUUCAAAUGUAUUGUUACACUUAACACUUAAUUUGUGCAGAAACAAUAUAAAUAUUUUUCUCUACUCCUUCCAUCCAUGCAGCAUAUCUGCAUUUAAUUUCCACAAACAUGCACAAGAUGCAAGCAAUACGUUUUAUUAAAGUUAGGUCCUGCUUGGCCCACUCUGAUCCUACAAAAAUAUACAAUAACCUGUAUUAUCUAACAAUAUACAAGGGUAUUAGAGGUCGCUAAGGAGUUCAGUGACAUUUCUAACACAGUAUUACUACUGAGCAUUAUUAAGUACCAGUCAUAACAGAUAUCAUAAAAUUUGCUAUUUGAAUGUAGUCUGCGUGACAUGCUUUGUCUUCAUUAAGUUAAUCACUUGGUUACCAUUCAUUUUCAUUUAGGGUCCCACAGCAAAUUUCUUGCGUUCAGAGUAAUAGUAGAAUUUGUAUUUGGCUGGAUGUUUAAGUAGACGGUAGCGCAGGUGUAAAUAUAUUUUUUAACGUUUUCAUGAAUCGGACAAGUAGUUUAUUGGGUUUUUUUCUAAUAUGUUUGGAUAUUUAAUUUUUAAUUACUGUGCUUAUCAUCACACUUCCAUCACAAUUUAGCCUAGGCUGGUGUUUGGGGUGUCUGACCUGUCCAUAUCCAUAUUCAUAUAUGUAAAUUUCCAUCAGCCUGUAAGAAGGUAUUGAAAGAUGUCAGGUGUAUAUAAAGAAACUUCUGUACUUGAAUAGUCUGGCAACUGCAUUGUUAUCAUGUAACAGGAUACUGUUUGCUGUAUGCCUGACUCCGUGCCAAUGAUAAACAGUUGGUUGCAUAGUUAAACUGAGGUAACACAGUAACAAAACAUUAAAUGCCAAAAAACCUUUAAAGGAGAAGUAAAGUCUUCUUCCACUUGGGGGUGCCAAAUAUUAGGCACCCACAAGUGAUUGCAUUUACUUACCUGAAACCCCGGGCCGGUGCAGAAAACUGCACUGGCGCAGGGUUCUUCGCAGUAGAGCGAAAAGCCGAACUUUAACUAAAAAGUUGGCUAUUUCAUUAUACUGCACGUGUCUGCCCCAGGAGAUUUUAAGAAAGAAGAAGCCGGAAGAGGAUUGAUCCGUGGUGUUCACUGGAAGAACACGGGCUGGUGCAGUUUUCUGCUGAUAGGAGCAUCGGCCCAGAGUGUCAGGUAAGUAAAUACAAUCACUUGAGGGAGCCUAACAUUUGGCACCCUCAAAUGGAAAAAGACUUUCCUUCUCCUUUAAGGGCCAUGGCAUCACCUGGGAAAGAGCAGAUUUAUCGUUGGCAUAACCAUAAAGAAGAAGGACAGUCUAAAUUAUUGGAGGAUACCAAAUGUUAGGCAUCCCCAGUGAUUGUAAUUGCUUACCUGAUACCCUUGGCUCCUGUUAGCAGAAAACUGCACAGGCCAAAGCUUACUUUUCAGCAAGUGAUUGUCACUUUGUCUUUCUUUAAUGCUCCUGGGCCCACACAUUUGCAGUAGAGUGAAAAAGCCAGCCUUUUUUUAAAAUAAAAUAAAACACAUAAAAAUGAAGGCCAAUUUAAAACAUAGAUCCAUCUAUAACAUACUAAAGGCUAUGCCAAUGUACGGGUGAAAAUCCCACUUUAAAGGUUUUAUUAGUUUCGGUAUUGUCUUUCUUAUUUUUUUUAAGGAGGAUUGCAGUGGAAUGGUAUAGGAUGAUGAUGAUGAUAUUUGUUUUAGUUGGGUCAGCAUGUAUACACCAUACACUAUGCUUACAUUCUACUUAUUAUCUACCUGAAUUUAAGCCAAAGUAGUAAAAAAAGAUUUGCAUUAGGAAGGUUAUAAUUCUUUCAUUAAUAUAGUUAAUAAAAGGAACAUCUGUAUCUGGUUUGCACAUUGGCUAAGUCAGCUAGGUUUGAAAUGAAAGUCUACUGUAUUCAAAGAUAUACUUUGAAUAUCUACUUCUUUUUUCAUUCAUUGGCUAAAGUAACAGCAUUAUUUGUACAUCAACCUAUUGCUAACAGUUUGCAAUUAUUCUGAAUAUUUCUUCAAGUUCUAGAAGCACAAUAGGAGAAAAUCAAUGGAGAAAAUAUUAUUUUGGCUGCCGUUUUUAUGUUAUUUUGUAAUUUUUACAUUUGGAAACAGGAGAUAUUUUGGUUACUACUUCAAUAAUUUCAUAAUUGUCGGUAUUACACUGACCUUUUAAAAAAAAAAAAAAACAUUUAAUAGGGACAUAAACUAUUAGUCAGAAUUCAGAUAUGAUCAAAGUGCUGUUAUGUUUAUUUUUUUUUUUGUUUGUUUUAAACCUCAUGUUAAUAUCACAACAGUGGUAAGCAACAAGUAACAGCCCACUGGUUCAUUUAAGAGGAAGUCUGUCUGCAUACCAACCCAGAGAAUUAAAAGAAAUACUAAACUCACUGCCCAUGCAUAGGAUCACCUCUCCAUUCUAGGACCAGAUAGCAUCCAGAUUGCGAGCGAGUGAUAUCAAACAGCCUAAAAACGAAGAUGGAGCCACAGACUCCGCUGUGCAACUUAGCAUUUAAAAAUAAAGGUACCAAGGACUUUUUUUUUAAAGGGCCAGCAUUUCCGUUAGGUAGGUGGUGCUUAGUUCCUUGAAUAAAGGGACUCCCAAAACAAACAUGGGAGGGAAAUACUGUGUUACUAGUUCAAAGGUCUCAAGAUUUAAGUAUAAAUCUAGAUCGCUAAGCACAUUUGCUUUCAUUUUGCCUUUUUGAGGGUUUUUUUAGCGCUUUUAAGAAAUGGUGAGACAAUGUGGUGAAUAUAUCCCACUAAAAUCAAAACAUAACUGGUGCUGUAAAAUGUUUUUUUAUGCUGUGUAAGCAUCUGAAGUAUUCUUUAUACUGUGAGUAUUAAAACUGGACAGUUGAAUGA